GGGGUGAUCAGUGACGUAGCUUUUGUUGCAUGCGCCUCGAUGAGCUCAGACAAGCUUUUUCUUCAGGCCUGCUAUCUCGCUGAAUGCCUCUAAUCAUCUGGAAUUGAACGGGAUUACGCAGAUCCUGGUGCCACACCAUUCGGAAUUUGAAGGCUACCCUCGAAUACAAGAUGGGCACCAGUACUACCCAUGUCCGCUAUCCGUUUGUCAGCAGUGACUACGUCAUUAAAACAAAUCGAAAACAUCCAGAUUGCUCAAACCCCUAACCCGCAGACACUUUUGGGCUUUCACCGAGCUUCAUGAUUCCAGAAGGAGUGCGUCCAAUGCAAAUGUGUCGUCGGCACAAAGAGCGCCUCUGGAGUGGUCUCCUUGCUCGCCAUUGGUUGCAAGUUGUUCAAUAGCGCAGCGACGGCGUCGUAAAUCUCCCCUGCGAUUCACCGUCCCUCUCGAUGUGACAGCCUCCUACCUGUGUCUGUGCGGUUUUCAGCCAAAAAUCUCGCAAUCAUUGACAGACUACGGCCGCGGUGUUUAUCCAAACUGGGUUCUCGAGCCGAACACAAGGGGUACAAAGCCCGGCGUCCCUCCCACGGGGGUGGCUUUUGUUCCAGCUGUCCGAUGGCAGCCAAAUGAAUGUUUAAGUUGGACAUUCGUGUUCAAGCGGCCUGCCAAGUGUGAGUCAUCAUCGCUGACAACCCAGCCCAGUUAUUGUUCCGUUCAAAUCUGAUGAUACCUCCUGGGGAGAUUAGUGAAGUAUCCCCAAAGACAUUCCUCGCGACACUUUUGCUACGCAGAGCUGCCGAGAGAGCUGACGUCAUCACCUGCAGUUGAGCGGCAAACGGAAUGAGGAUCAACAGUACUGAACAAGAAGACGAGGCCCGAUCCAGAAGGGGCGAGCAGUCCCCACAUCCCCCGCGACAGAACGGCGUCGCCGGCCAAGAAACUGAACCACCUCCGACCAAAGCUGACGUGAUCCGAAGAACGCCUGGCUCGCCGGCAUCGCCUGCCCCGCGGCCCAAAAGAGACACCAUGAAGUCAGAGGAGAGGCAGCAACUGGCUAAGGAGAGGCGAGAGGAAAAAGCCAAAUAUCUCGAAGAGCUGAGCAAGUUACAAGCUGCCAAGAAGAGCCAGUGGCUGGAGAAGGAGGAGAGGGCACAGCAGCUGAGGGAGCAGCAGCUGGAGGAACGACGCAGGAGGCUGGAGGAGCAACGCGUCCUGGCGGAGAAACGCCGGGCCGCCCUUGAGGAGCGACAAAAGCAGAAGCUGGAGAAGAACAAGGAACGCUACGAGGCAGCCAUCCACCGUUCCGCCAAGAAGACGUGGGCCGAAAUCCGCCAACAGAGGUGGUCCUGGGCUGGCAACCAGAACGCCAACCAGAAAGAGAGCAGAUGCUCUCUCUCCACCGUCAACCUGCCCAAACACGUGGACUCGGCCCUAAACAAGCGUCUCUCCAAGUCCUCUGCCACGCUGUGGAACUCCCCCAGCAGAACCCGUAACGUUGCCCUGAGCCCGUGGGAGAGCAGCAUCGUGGACCGCCUGAUGACGCCCACCUUGUCUUUCCUGGCUCGGAGCCGCAGCGCCGCCAGCGUGCUCCCGAACGGAAAAGACGGACAGUCCCCGCUGUGCCCCCGCUCGUCGUCCGCCAGCCCCUUGACGCUGUGCGCCCACCAGCGCUGCUCCGAGCGCUGGAGGGUGACGUCCAGCACGCCCGACAUCACCCAACGCCAGCACAGACGGAGCUCCACACCUAUGGACAGAACCAAAAAGGAGAAGAAAGAUAAGGAGCGGGAGAACGAGAAAGAGAAAAAUGCCCUGACAAAGGAGAAGUUCCUCAAGAAGAGGCAAUCGCUUCCCAGCAUGAGACACAGAGCAGACCCGAGUCCGAGUCCGCUGUCGAGACCGCGGCCGUCAUCGCCCGCCAUGCCCAAAGGCAGGACCGCCUCGCCAAGUCCCGCCGCCUCCCCGAGGCCCCCCUCCACACGCAGCAGCCCGUCGACCCCCAAGGGACGGCCCAGGAGGGCGAGGACCCCCGCCAAGGUGGACCAUCGCACCUCUUCCCCCGUCCAGCUGGAGCGAGUGAGGGAACAUCGCAGGCCAAGCACCCCGGAGAACCACAGUCGGCGUGAGUGGCGGCAUGCAGCAGGAGAACAAGAUGUCCCUGUCACAUGUCCUCAAUUGUUGUUUGCGGUGUGGCCGCGCGGGUCCAUCAACUCUUGGUCAUCCUUUGCUUUUUCUCUCCUAGGUUCUCCUGUGAUUCCUGCCGUCAGAAACUCAAUGGCUUCCAGCAAAUCUGCCUCGCCGUCACCCGAGCCAUAUAUCAAGGACGUUCCCUCGGCGGCGCCGUCCCCCAAGCCCAUGGCGGGCACCAACAACCCAGAGGAGGCGGCCCGCAUCCUGGCAGAGAAACGGCGGCAGGCUCGCGAGCAACGCGAGAGGGAGGAGGAGGAUCGCCGAGAGCAGGAGGAGAAGGAAAGGGUUCUGAGAGAGGAGCGCCUGGCCAGGGAGGAGGAGGACAGGCGUCGGCGAGAGGAGGAGGCGCGAGCCAUGGCCGAGGAGCAGCAGAGGAGGGAUGAGGAGCAGCGGACGAGGGAGGAGGAGGAGGCCAGGGAGCGAGCCGUGGCCGAGCAGGAGGAGAACGUUCGGCUACAAAAGCAGAAAGAGGAAGCCGAGGCAAAAGCUCGCGAGGAGGCGGAGAAGCAGCGUCUGGAGAGGGAGAAGCACUUCCAGAAGGAGGAGCAGGAGAGGCUGGAGAGGAAAAAGCGUCUGGAGGAGAUUAUGAAGAGGACGCGUAAAUCGGAUGCAAGCGACAAGAAGGAGACUAAAUGCGCAUUGCCAGAGCCGCAUCCAGAGAGUGCAAAUGAGGUCAAAGAAUGCGAGCUCAACAUGGACAACAACAACAAGACGGAACAUGGACACAGCAGACAAAACCCCCCGGGCCAAACUCAGCUCAACGGGCUCCAGUCCAGCAGACGCGAGCGCAACGGCUUAUCGGCCAAAGUGGACGCAGCGGCGGCACACUUGGUGGAGGAUAUCAUCAUCAACGCCGCCAACGGCGCGCGGGGGCGCUCCGAGGCUGACGGCCACGACAUCCUGGCCUACGACGGCGAUGCCGCCGCCGCCUUUGUGAAGAAAGCGGCGCCGCUGAAAGCGCAGCACGUGGCAGAAGUGCUGUGAUCCGGCAGUUGCCGGCAGUGUCCAGCCCCUUUCACACAACCUGUGAAGAAAAAUAACAAAAACAAAACAUUAUUUUCCGCCUUUGGCGCUGAAGUCGGCGUGUGCACCUUCAUCCUGCGGACACGCUACACAUCACUAGCUUGUGUUGAACUGGAGGGGAAUAUUUUUGGGUGUGUAAAUAAAUGAGGGAAGCAAACAAGCCCACUAUUCAAAUACUCAUUCGAUGCAAUCAUAAUAAUAAUAAUAAUAACGUUAGCGCACAGCUUCAACAAAAUUGAAGUCACGCAUCUAUAAAGGGCAAAUCCGUAUAAAUACAGAUAUAUUCUGCUAUUUAAAAGCUAAAAGAUGUUGUUUUUUUUGUUUUGUUAGUUUUAAAUAAUGACAAACGUGCAUGACUCAAGUGUUCACUCAUGUGCUUUUCCGGACUGAUUUGUGUGAGCGCGCCGAUGCGCUCGGAAUAUAUUUGGACGCGCUGUCAGCUCCAUGAGGAGUCGUUUAACACGUCUUAUUAAAGACAAAACUCAACUGUC